UUCAACCAUGUCGUAUCUAUCACAGCAUCACUCUUCUGGAAGCUGCCGGCACAGUUACAGCUAGCUAACUAACUCGGGGCUUGCAUAUAUAAUUGGCCCAUCCUACCCAACCAGUGGAGCACCCAAAUUAAAGGUCGUGGAUCCAGUGGUACCUGCAGCUAGCUAGUGUAUAGGACUCCUCAGCUGAAUUCAGCUCAGACCUCAGGUGCCACUCUCUCUCUGCUGGCAUUUGGAAUGGAGUGGCCGUCUUCGUCUCCGCUGACGACGAAGGUGGAACUUUCGCUGAGGCUGGAGCCGGCGGGCGGCGGCGGCGACUCCGUGGCGCCGACGGCGCGCGUGGGCUGCAAGGACGUGCGUCUGUUCCCGUGCCUCUUCUGCGACAAGACGUUCCUCAAGUCGCAGGCGCUGGGCGGCCACCAGAACGCGCACAAGAAGGACCGGGUCGGAGCCUGGAACCCGCACGUCUACGCCUGGGACGCCGCCCCCGUGGCCGCCCACGGCGGCGGCAGCAGCAGCUCAGCGGCCAUGGCCAUGGAAGUGCGCCAUGGAGGAGUGGCAGUGGCAGUGCUGCCUGACAGCGGCCAUGGAGGUGUUGUCUGGAACAGGGGCAUCAUCGACGCUGCGCCGUCGAUGGCCGCCGUGCCCGCGCGGUCUGGCACUGGCGAGCUUGACCUCGAGCUUAGGCUGUAAUUCAGCUGAGCUGAGUUUGAUAUAUUCUGCCCCCUGCCCCCCUCACAACAAGGUCAGGAAUGUGUGCAUCGCAGGGAUUUUUUCAUGGCAAAUUUUGGAUAAUUAGUUCCUGGCAGAAUGUACGGUUACUUGUCAGCAUUGCGACCUCGGGUUGUUGUAUAAAUAAUUUGCAAACGGAUCGAUCGGAUGCACCUGAGCCCAUUUAAAUACAAGCAGCUGGCUGUUUCU